AUGUUUCAUUUUCUCUCUACAGGUUGCAAUGUUGUUAUUGCCUCUCGUAAAUUUGACCGAUUAAAAGCUGCUGCAGAAGAACUGAAUAAUACAUUUUCUUCCAUGAGUCCUGCCAAAGUGACUCCUAUACAGUGCAAUAUCCGCAAAGAAGAUGAGGUAGAAGCUUUAGUGAAGUCUACACUGAGUCUGCAUGGGAAGAUUGACUUCCUGGUGAAUAAUGGAGGGGGCCAAUUUGCAAGUCCUUCUGAAGCCAUCCGUGCAAAAGGCUGGAAUGCUGUGAUAGACACAAAUCUGACAGGGACCUUCUACUGCUGCAAAGCAGUGUACAAUGCCUGGAUGCAGGAGCAUGGAGGAGCCAUUGUCAACAUUACUGCUGCCGUGAGAAAUGGGUUUCCUGGAAUGUCGCACACAGGAGCUGCAAGAGCUGCGGUGAAUAACCUAACCAAGACUUUAGCUUUGGAAUGGGCCCACAGUGGAGUGAGAAUCAACAGUGUUGCUCCUGGAAUAGUAUUUUCAGAAACUGCUGUUGCAAACUAUGGAGAACAAGGGACCAUGAUGUGGUUAAAGAGCAUACCAAAGGUUCCUGCCAAGAGAUCAGCAGUUCCUGAGGAGAUCUCUCCUGCAGUGUGUUUCUUACUGUCUCCAGCUGCUUCAUACAUAACUGGGAUAACCAUGGUCGUGGAUGGUGGCCAAAGUUUAUAUAGCCAUACCCUAGAAAUACCAGAUCAUGACAGAUGGCCCUCACCACCAGAAGGAAAAAAUUCUGAAAUGCUUAAAGAGCUUCUUUCUGGCAAGUUCAAGCCAAAGCUGUAAAAGAACGAGAUUUCACUGUAUUCCCAGUGGCACACUUGCUGAUAAUUUCGCUUUGUGAUUUGGUCUUCUUAUUCUCAGUAACAUAUUUUUUUU